AGUGGAUUACGAUGCAGGCGAUUCCACUGCACCACACAGGUCUAUUUAUUCAUUUACAGGGCGAGGUUAUAUCAUCUCUUUGGAUUGAUUGAUAAAGAAUUCGACGCCCUGUUUGCUGAAAAUUGCGCUCGUGAGUGUUGCAACUUUCAAUGCUACCUCAAUGGUUACCAAUUUAUCAAAAUUUUCAGUCCGUCAAUGCAUGUCGGGCAGAAGUUACGAACCGCCUUACGUGGUCCUCCAGGGCGCAGCGAUGGCGAGCGAUUUCGACUCACUCGUCGUUUCGAAGGCCAUCGUGACGGCGUUUGGCACGUAACGGCAGAUGCAGCUCGCAGCAUUUGUGCAAGUGCAAGUGCAGACCAAACGGCUCGAAUAUGGUCACUAAACUCUGGUGCGUGCUUGUAUACAUACACUGGCCAUUCUGGAUCUGUGAAUUGUGUGGCGUUCGCACCAUCACCGGAGUCACAGUCGGGUGGCGAAUUAACCGUAGCGACAGCUAGCGGAGACGAAUCGGCGCACAUCUGGAGAGUGACAAUCGGUCAACACGCAGUAUUAAGCUCAGACGACGAAGAGGAUGAGAAGGCACCUGUUGACAGUGGAGGUGGCGACGGCGAUACCGCGCAGUCAUCAAAUGUCGAAGGAGCUCGAGUGAAGAACACGUUGAUGCGGCUUACCGGCCACACAGGAGUGGUAAUUGGUUGCGAUUGGUUAGCAGGUGGAAGCCAGUUGAUCACAGCAAGUUGGGAUCGUACAGCGAACAUUUAUGAUGUGGAACGUGGCGAAGUCCUGAAUAUUUUGAGUGGUCACGAGUUGGAACUCAAUCACUGCUCAGCUCAUUCUAAUCAGAAACUCGUCGUUACUGCUUCGAAGGAUUCCACAUUUCGUCUUUGGGAUUUUCGUGAAACGAUACAGUCUGUAGCCGUGUUCCAAGGACACCAGGACUCUGUGACCUCUGUAGCCUUCUCUACUGGCGAUCGUCUUGUAUCAGGAAGUGAUGAUCGAACAGUGAAGGUCUGGGAUUUACGCAACAUGCGCAGUGCAAUAUCAACCAUUCGCCUAUCAUCCGCAGCAAAUCGAUUAUCGGUUCAGGUAAGCCGAACUCAUGGUGCAAUCGCCAUUCCUCUUGAUAAUCGCCACGUACGGAUCUAUGAUUUGGCCGGUAAUAGGCUACCUCGUGUUCCAAAUAGACGGUGUCAUUCACGCAUGGUCUCUUGUGCCGCUUGGGCAGACGAUCAUCCUCAUUGCAGCCUAUUAACAUGUGGAUUCGAUCGUGGUGUUGCUGGAUGGAAAGUCGUCUUGGCGAAGGAUUGA